AUGGCUGCGCGCGGCAACUUCCCACCGCUUGCGAACCUAGCUAACCCAACUUUCGCUUCGCAGAGGCAGCUCUUUGCCCGGAGCGAGCGUGUGAAGGGAAUCGAUUUCCACCCUACGGAGCCAUGGGUUCUUACCACUCUGUACAGCGGCCAUUGUCACAUCUGGUCCUAUGAGACGCAGGCAAUUGUCAAGACCUUCGAGCUCACUGACGUGCCCGUUCGUGCCGGCCGCUUCAUUGCCCGCAAGAACUGGAUAGUCUGCGGUUCCGACGACUUCCAGCUUCGUGUCUACAACUACAAUACCUCCGAGAAGAUCACCAGCUUCGAGGCGCACCCCGACUACAUUCGCGCGAUAUGUGUCCACCCGACGCAGCCCUUCGUUCUCACGGCUUCCGAUGACAUGACCAUCAAGUUGUGGGAUUGGGAGCGCGGCUGGAAAUGUGUCCAGGUCUUCGAGGGCCAUGCCCACUAUGUCAUGGGCCUCGCUAUCAACCCCAAGGACACUAACACUUUCGCGUCUGCUUGUCUUGAUAGAACGGUCAAGAUCUGGAGCUUGGGGUCUCCGACUCCUAACUUCACCCUCGAGGCGCACGAAACUAAGGGUGUCAACCAUGUCGAUUACUACCCUCAAUCCGACAAGCCCUACCUCCUGACUACAUCCGACGACAGGACCGUGAAGGUCUGGGAUUACACAACCAAGGCGCAGAUCGCUACUCUGGAAGGCCACACCAGCAACGUCUCAUUCGCCAUUUACCACCCUGAAUUGCCCGUUAUCAUCUCCGGCUCGGAAGAUGGCACUGUCAAGAUAUGGCAUGCCAACACCUACCGCCUCGAGCAGUCACUCAGUUAUGGCUUGGAGCGCGCAUGGUGUGUGAGCUAUCAGCGUGGAAAGCAAGGAGUCGCCGUGGGUUUCGACGACGGUGCUGUCGUCGUUAAAAUGGGUCGUGAAGAGCCCGCUGUUAGCAUGGAUGCCUCUGGAAAGGUUAUCUGGGCGAAGCACUCCGAAAUUCUCACCGCCGUGAUCAAGGGUGGUGACAAGAGCUUGAAGGAUGGGGACCGUCUGACCAUCCCUUCGAAGGAUCUGGGUUCUACGGAGAUCUACCCGCAAUCGCUGAUGCACUCUCCCAAUGGCCGUUUCGUCGCGGUCUGUGGUGACGGUGAAUACAUCAUCUACACUGCGCUGGCCCUGCGCAACCAAGCUUUCGGUUCGGCAUUGGACUUUGCUUGGGCGUCCAAGGAGAACGACAAAGACUACGCUAUCCGCGAGUCGGGCACCAGCGUGAAGAUAUUCCGUAAUUUUAAGGAGAAGGGCAGUGGCGGCUUGAACGUUGGGUUCCAAGCGGACGGCCUGAGUGGCGGUACCCUUCUCGGUGUCAAGGGCCAAGGCGGAAUCGGCUUUUUCGACUGGGAGUCGGGCCAGCUGGUUAGGAGAAUCGAAGUUGAGCCCCGAAACGUGUACUGGUCUGAAAACGGCGAGCUCGUCGCUCUUGCCUGCGAUGAUACCUACUACGUCCUCCGUUUCUCGAGAGAAAACUACGUUGCCGCCCUUCAGGCAGGCGAAGUUGACGAGGAUGGUGUUGAAGCUGCCUUCGAGGUCAUCACAGACGUCAAUGAGAGUGUCCGGACCGGCCAGUGGGUCGGCGACUGCUUCGUCUACACCAACAGCACAAACAGGCUGAACUACCUCGUUGGUGAUCAGACUUACACCAUUUCUCACUUCGAUACCCCCAUCUACGUGCUCGGCUAUCUUCCCCGCGAUGGCCGCGUUUACAUUUGCGACAAGGACGUCGGAGUCAUGUCGUACGCCCUCUCCCUCUCGGUGAUUGAGUACCAGACGCUUGUGUUGAGAGGAGAGCUCGAGACGGCGACUGAGAUGCUCGAUGACAUUCCUCAGGACCAAAAGAACAAGAUUGCCCGAUUCCUCGAGGGCCAAGGCUUCAAGGAGGAGGCGCUCGACGUGGCGACGGAUCCUGAGCAUCGUUUCGAUCUCUCGCUGAGCCUCGGGAAACUGGAUGUUGCGCUUGAGCUCGCCAAGGAGGUCGACGUGGAGCACAAGUGGAAGACGGUCGGCGACGCAGCACUUACUGCAUGGGACCUGAAGCUUGCUGAAGAGUGUUUCACACACGCAAAGGACCUGGGCUCCCUCCUCCUUCUCCACUCGUCGAGCUCGAAUGCUGGUGGCCUCCGCAAGCUUGCAGAGCUAGCGCAGGAGUCGAGCGCACACAACAUUGCCUUCUCCUGCCUGUGGCAGGUGGGCGAUGUGGAUGGCUGCAUCGAUCUGCUUACCAAAACGGGUCGCACGUCGGAAGCGGUGCUCUUUGCGCAGACUUACAAGCCAAGCCGCGCUCCCGGCCUCGUCAGGGAGUGGAAGCAGGGGUUGGAGAAGGAGAACAAGGCUAAGAGUGCACGGCUGCUGGGCCAGCCGCCCAGCGCAGACGACGAGGGCGACGCCGACAUGUUCCCUGAGUGGGACGAGUGGCUCAAGCUCGAGAAGGAGGGCGGCUCGGUCAAGCUCGUCGACGUCGAGGAGGAAGAGGAAGAGGCGGGCGAGGUUGCGGUGGAGAAUGCAGCCGACGAGGUCGAGGUCGACAGCCCGGCGGAGGCAGCAGAGGCUGCGGAGGAGGCGGAGGAGGCGGAGGAGGCGGAGGAGGCGGAGGAGGCGGAAGAGGCAGCGUAG